AUGGUUGAGGGUAAAGGGAAGAACAAGCUUGGCUAUCAGAAGCUCCGGUUUUGCGAGAAGCAAAGUGCAAAUGACAACAUCCAGUUCUUCUGGGUGGAUACCUGCUGUAUCGAUAAAACAAGCAGUGCGGAGCUUUCUGAGGCAAUUAACUCCAUGUAUCACUGGUACCGCGACGCAGAUAAGUGCUACGUGUACCUCUCCGAUGUAUCAAUCAACGGUUCCGUCGGAAGCUCCCUGUCAUCUCAGCAGACGUGGGAGACAGCAUUCAGACAGAGCCGUUGGUUUACCCGGGGCUGGACGCUUCAAGAGCUCGUUGCGCCGUCCUGUGUCGAAUUCUUUUCCCUGGAAGGUCAGAGACUUGGAGACAGGGAAUCAUUGAUACAGGAAAUCGAAGAUAUCACGGGAAUCAAUACAGAAGCUCUGCGAGGAAGCCCACUUUCUCGAUUUGGCUUCGAGGAGCGAAUGUCUUGGGCAAGAGGCCGUGAAACCAAACGUGAGGAGGACGCUGCAUACUCCUUGCUGGGAGUCUUUGGCGUACAUAUGCCGCUUGUAUACGGGGAGGGACGGAGAAAUGCAUUCAUUCGACUUCAAAGAAUGAUUCAAGAAUCUGCAAGGAGCUUUGGGUCCGAAGGUUUUCAUUUCAUCUUGCAGAGGGGCACAGCAUUGCACGAGACCGACGAUACGUUCAGAUUCCUUAUGGGAGAUAUGAACAGAGAUGGCUGUCCAGACUUGGUCGCCGUCAAGUCGAGACACACUAUUAGCAACAUGAUUGAACUCAGCGUCUUUUCUGGGGCUUCACUAUUCAGGAAAUACAUCUCACAAACAGUAGUUCGCGUGCCAGUGACAAUGGAGACACACUAUGAUUUCGCCUUAGCAGACUGGGACGGUGACAAGACUUUGGAUCUCGUCGUCAUCAAGAAAGGCAGCACCGAUACCAAGACCACCGAGGUCUGCAUCCUUUCAGGCGCUUCUAAUUUCCAAGACAUCAUUCUACAAACCGGGACCGCGCUGCACGAGACUGACGAUACCUGGGCCUUCUCAAUGGGGAGAUGGAACGCUGGCAGGAAGCCCGACUUAUUCGCCAUCAAGAAAUCCAGCACAGGCACUAACAGUACUGAAGUGCACGUACUGUCCGGGGCUUCGGGCUUCCAGAAAUUCAUUCUACAAACAGGCACUUGUUUGCAUGAAACCGAUGCUGCGUUCGACUUCGCCGUCGCAGACUGGAACGCUGACGGGUGCCCAGAUCUGGUCGUAGUGUGGAAGAGCAACGAUAGCAAUCGCUACUCUCUGGUGCAUGUGCUCUCUGGUGCUUCGACCUACCAGGACUUCAUGUUGCACGCGGAAAUACCACUCCUUGAUACUCUUGGCAUGUAUGAGUUCAUGGUCACUGAGUGGACGCGUAAUGGGAGACUUGACUUAGUAGCGAUUCGGAAGAGCAAAACUGGAACUAAUAGCACAGAGGUACAUAUCAUGACGGGACAAUAG